GGGUUUUCUAUUUGUUUUUAGAGAGAAACAAUAACCUUCCCUCACUUGUUUCCAUCAGCCAUCCUCCUUCCAUAAUCUUAUUCAGUAUUACCAAGCAGAUUCUUCUUCAAUAGCAGCCUUAAAGAGAGAAAGAGGAUUAGGGUAAGACGAAGAAAACCCAGAAAGUGAAAUUAGGGUUCAGAUCUAAAUAUGGGGAGUGGAAGAGGUAGCCAUAGUAAUGGAAGUGGAGCUGUGAAUCAAGUUCCUACUUCAUCAAAAAAGAUGAUACAAAACUUAAAAGAGAUUGUUAAUUGUCCUGAAGCCGAGAUCUAUGCGAUGCUCAAAGAAUGUAAUAUGGACCCUAAUGAAGCUGUUAAUCGCCUUCUUUCUCAAGAUCCGUUUCAUGAGGUGAAGAGAAAACGUGAAAAGAAAAAAGAGAGUAAGGAUGUUGGUGAUUCAAGGGCCCGCGGCUCUAGUAGCACUUCUAUCAGAGGUGGUAGGAGUGGGACGGAUCGUUAUUCCAACCGCAAUCAUACAUCUACAUAUGGGUCCUCGGACUCUGCUGCUUCACGUGGUAAAACUGCAUAUAAGAAGGAAAAUGGACCGACACCUUAUUCAAGUUCUGCCAUGGGUGUUGCAGGAAAUAAUUUAAACAGGUGGCAACCACCUAGCAGUGAUCCUGUCCAGGACAAAGCAUGGUCGUAUAAUGCAGUUGAUACAACAGAAGCUGCACCUAUGUCUUCUGGAUUUCAAUCUGCAUGGUCAGGCACGCCUGGUCAAAUGUCAAUGGCCGACAUUGUUAAGAUGGGAAGACCGCAAGGAAAAACCAGCAGCACAUUAACCACAUCUCAUCAGCAUGCUAAUAAUCACCCUCCCUUGGCAUCUUCUACUGUAGGUGCACCUCACGAUUGGCAUACAUCACAAAAUUAUUCUGCCGAGGUCUUAGAAGUGAAUGCCGACUCAGGAAUGUCUAGAUCUGCACCUCCUAAUGAUGACUGGCCCCUAGAAGAGGAACCAACAGCUGCUAGUGUCUCUGCCGAUGUGGAGCCCCCUGUAGAUUCUGAACAAUAUGGUGACACUUAUGAUAGGACAAACCAACAGUUUAGACCUCAAGAUGAUGAAAUUCGAUUUGAGGAGGACACUGUUGCUGAAAAUGCACAUUCAAGUUUUGUUCAAUCUAUUCCCGACUCUAAUCAAAGUAUACCAGAGGAUUACUCUGGCGGUGCAUCUGGUUUUGAUAAUGAGAUAUACCAGAACAUCAGCUCACACGAGGCUCACCGUUUAGAAGUUGAAGGCACCAGUGCAUCAGUAUCAUCUGUGGCCAACAAUCUUCAGAGCUUGUCUUUGCCAAAGGAAGAGGAAGACUCCCCAUCUGAAGAAGAUGGUCCUGCAGUGAAAAUCCCAGAUCACCUGCAAGUUCAGUCUGCUGAAUGCUCUCAUUUGAGCUUUGGUAGUUUCGGGUCAGGAUUGAAUGCUCCUUUUCCUGGUUCUUUUGGUUCAAGAGCUGUGCAAAAUAAUGAGGAGGCUGCUGUAUCUGCUGAGGUCCCAUCUGUUGCUAGAAAUCCUGAUUACUACGAGGAGGAACAUCUCAGAACUACACCAGAUGUAAAUAUUGCGCACGCUGCUCACAGAAUGGGUGGUAGUUCUGACAAUUUCGAUACUCCAUCAGUUUCACAGACAGAUAUGUUGAAGCAAGAGGCUACUGAAGUUGGCCAAGCCAAUCAAUACGCUUUCCCCUCAUCCUCUGCCAACUAUGCAUUUGAGAAUAGCCAACAGUUGAAUACGUCCUUUGCAAACUCACAAGCAAGCUCUCAGAUGCAAGGUCUUCCUUUUUCAAGUGUUAUGCCUUCAGACUCUUUCCCCAGUGCACUAUUGGCAUCAAAUGCGCAGUCCCUAAGGGAGGCCGAACUUGCAUAUUCUUUCCCCAUUUCACAAUCCAUGGCUUCUAAGUAUAACAACUCUGUCUCAUCUAUUGGUGGUCAAACUGUUUCAAUGGCAGAGGCACUGAAGACCGGCAACUUUGCAGCUUCCCAGGCAACUCAGACACUACCUGGUGGCAGCAGCAUCGCUGGUGGGGCUGCUCUUCCACAACAUUUGGCGGUGAAUCCAUACUCCCAACCUUCGGUGCCAAUGGGACACUUUGCCGCUGCUAAUAUGAUGGGUUAUCCAUUCUUACCUCAAAGCUACGCAUACAUGCCAUCUGCGUUCCAGCAAGCAUUUGCUGCCGGUAAUAGCGCAUAUCCUCAAUCCCUAGCGGCGACAGGUGUGCUUCCCCAAUACAAAAAUAAUGUAUCUGUAAGCAGUUUACCGCAAGCAGCUGCAAUUGCCUCCGGUUUUGGAGCGUUCGGGAAUUCAAGCAAUAUCCCUAGUAACUUCCCAUUGAAUCCUCCUAGCGCACCAGCAGGCACUUCUAUAAAUUAUGAUGAUCUUUUGAGUUCACAAUACAAGGAUGCUAGUCAUCUUCUCUCUUUGCAGCAGGGUCCUGGGUCGAGAACACAAUCAGGGGUUCCAGCGAGCACGUAUUACAACAACUUCCAGGGGCAAAAUCAACAGCCUGCUGGAUUCCGUCAAAAUCAGCAACCGUCACAACAACACUAUGGACCUCUUUCAGGGUAUCCUAAUUUCUACCAUUCACAAAGUGGGCUGUCGAUGGAUCACCAGCAGCAAAUGUCAAGGGAUGGUUCCCUCGGUAGUUCCCAGGGACAACCGCCUAAGCAAACCCAACAGUUAUGGCAAAACAGCUACUAAUUAUAAAAAACGCCGCCUUUGCCGUUCAAAUUUUUUAGGUUCUUUGUAGUAGUACUAUAUGUCCAGAAUCUGGCUAGAAUAUUAGGGCCUUGAAUCUGUACUGGACUUAGGCUACUGCUGUCCUGUGCAUGGAGAGGUUGUACUUUACCCUUGUUCCUUCUUUUUGAUUUUCAGUUUGGCUAACGUAGGAACGGUGUUGAUGUGUGCUAAUUCGUAGUCGAUCUUUGUGUUCUCGUUCUCAUUUAGUUUCGUCAUCCAAUAGUGAAAAGUUUCUUUCUCAAUUCUCAAUAUCUCCGUUCUUUUGCAUGACACUUUCUAUGUUUUUUGGUGUUAGGAUUAUAAUAGAUUAUUAUGUUAAGUUAA